AUGGACCACAUCAUUGCUGAUUUCGAAUUGCCCCCCAACGCAGUUCCGCCCGUGCCAGACCUAACAGAGGAUGGGGCCCAAUUUCCAGAUGAUUGGGACACAUUCCAGAGCUACCCGCGCGACAACGGAUGGCGGCUUGAUGAAAAUACCUACAAUCUAAAACUCUUGGGCACAGAGCGGAGGACGGUUGAUCGGCCCAAGUUUCUGCAAUCAUGGCUCUUUUUCGGAUUGAUUUUUACCAUCGUCCAACAAGAGGGGAAACCGAUUCUUCAAUACAAGCAGCUUGUCGAAGUCAAAGCCAAUAGUCGUCGUGUAACCACGAAGCAUUUGCCAGCAGCCCUGGAAAAAUGGAGAAAGUGGGAGCAAGAAAGGUGCGACCUAGGAUACCUUUCUGAGAUUCGUCUACGCAUGGUACGAGUCGAGGCUGUCCUUGAUGCUGCCCGACGCACGAUCCGGGCAAACUACGGUUACAGCCUGGGCAGUCAUGCACAACAGCCUAGAACUGUUGACGACGAACAGUCUACUUUGAGAGACAAAGUAGCUUUGUCCCUCAUGAUAUUGGGCGAAACCCUAUCGUUGUUUAAGGCACAAAUCAUGAAGGCUACCCAGUCCGAGCUCAAAGGUUGGCAUAGCGAAGACGGGAGAGGUUGGGGACCCCCAGCUUACAUCCUGAACAGAAUGGGGCGGGACAAGUGGUGCAAAAGGACUAUUCACCUAUGGCAAAGUCAGUUGCGCGCCAAUGCAACAUUGAUGCUAGCAUCGUAUCUGGCAUACAAUUCCCUAGAUCGGUUCAAGGGUCCACACCAUAAUGGCUGCGAUGAGACAGACUGCAAAGUCAUGCCCACGGAUAAGGAUGGACUGUAUCAAUCUGCACAUGCAUAUGGAUGCGAUACUUUCUGUGGAAUGCAGGGCCCCGACCUGACGUUCAUUAGAGGACACCUCGAUAAUGACGAGAUCCCGUUACUGCAAUUCAACCAACCACCUAACCAUGAUGGUAAUGGAAGUCAAAUUAGCCUAUCCGUUUCCAAAAUUCCGGAGAACAAGACCAGGCCAUUCAAAUACGCUACAAUAUCACAUGUAUGGUCGGAUGGGUACGGUAAUGAAACAGAGAAUAAACUCCCAUGUUGCCAGCUGCGAUAUGUGAGAAAUAUCCUGAACAAGCUCGACCCUGAAGAUGGGUGGGAGACGCCAUUUUGGAUGGACACUCUCGUAAUCCCAGUUGGGCCAGGGCAAGAGGAUCGAACCCGAAGAAAACGCGCAAUCAAGCAGAUCUUCCAAGUAUUCAAAGAGUCGACUUACACCAUCGUCCUAGAUGCAGGUUUGGCUCAACUCAAUCCUGGAGAGCCGGAUAGGCCUGCAGUUGCAGCUAUGAGAAUACUGGGAAGCAGCUGGAUGAGGCGUCUUUGGACACUGCAGGAGGCAUUCCUGAGCCAGAAAAUCUAUUUUGCCUUUGACUACGAUGAUCAAUUGUCCCAUCUCAAAGACUUAAAAGAAUUGUCCCAAGACUUAGCGUCUGGCGGUCAUGCACAAGCAACGACAGCACUUUUGGAUAUGGUCAAUGACCAUUUACAACAUUUGAUCAUGUCGCAUGAACAAGAAACUCGAGAUACUUACCUAUUUCCGGAGGCAGGAUUGUCAGGUUCGAAAAUGCCUCAAGAGAAAGCAGCUUUGCUUGUCGCAAGCUCUUGGAAGGCAGCUAGGUGGCGAACAACCUCCAACUCCUUUCAUGAAACGUUGGCUUUAGCGACUCUCUUGAACCUGGAUUAUGAGGGUACGAAGAUUGCGGAACAAGGUCUGCGACAGAGAAAUGUAACCGAACAGCGUUGGUUAUGGUCGCAAAUGCGCGAAAAGGAUCCUCUGGUAGAGAUCCGCGACAGGGAUCGUUUAGUGGAGAUAUUCUGGACCCAGUUCAACGACCGGUGGCACAAAAGCAUUCCUCCAGGAAUCAUCUUUCUCCCCGGGGAUAGGGUCGAACGAAUCGGAUUUGGCUGGGCACCACGUACCUGGAUGACUGCCCAGCCCGUGGACCAUCCGGAUCCACUGGCGCUGAUGACGUCAACUGCAACGAUGAAUGGAAAGGAUGGUCUUCAAGUCCGUUAUCCCGGAUUUAUUCUGCAUCCACAGGAAAGAAGUCACAUAUUGGCCACAGAUAAGCACAGGAAAAGAUUUUGGUUUCCCACUGGCCCAAGCUUUCUGGACUGGUACGUGGUGGAAACCAUUGAAGAUGACACACCACAACAGUUCAUUCAAAAGAUUCAAGAGUCAGAUGCCCGACUAGGUAUCAUUGUUUCCCGGGUGAAACCUGGGGAUUCUCCAGCAGAAAUUGGCUUGUUGGUCCAAAUUCGCGAAGAAAGGACGAACCAAGCAAGCACCACGGGUCCCUUGGACGUCGUUCCUGAGGAACAAGAGCCUUCUCAGAGAUCAGAUGCGCCGACCACGAUACACCAGAAAGAGCGCGAGGCAAGUGAUCUAUAUUGCGAGAUAGUUCGCAGAGUCAAGGUGUCUCGUGAAACAAGAGCCGAAUUUCGUACCAGGAACCGUGCUCGCUUCCUGACAGCUGACGAUCGGGAAGCUAUCCCAAGUCACAGAGUAUUGCGCGCUCAGGACAUGCCUACGCGGGGCUCAAUGGUACCUCAGGUUAUGACAGACUCUGCAGAUACCAAAGGGAAGAUAUGUCUCGCGGAAGAACUUGGGCCAGAACAAGUGUGGAAUGUUGAUGGUUUUUUCCCCGAUAGAGAUAAUCCACGAUCCCCCAAUGGAGCGACAGACAGAUUUCAACCACCCGACAACGCGCGCCCUUUGCUCUUGCGGUUAUUUGGAGGGUCAGGCCAACCCAAGCAGAAACAGCCUGACAAUUCUGAUCCUCCAAGACCAUUACCGAGAAUUAGUAGUGCAAGGGAUCAGCUCACGAACUCGCCACAGCCGGGAAGCCACAGAGACUUUGAGACUAGAAAGGCACGUACCUUUCCAAAAUUUCUAAAACUAGGGUAG